CUAGACAAGAAAAAAAGGACGAGUGCAGCAAGGCGGAACUUCAUUGCAAUGGAGCACAACAGGAGUAGCUAGCCAGGGAAGGUCACGGUGGGGGGCUAGCUACGGAAACCCCAGUGACCUGUUGCUCCGGCGAAGGCGGCGCGUGCUGGUGCCUGGCGGGGAGGCAUGGCAACGGGGCUGCUCGAGAGGGUCAGUCGGGCGGGCGGGCGGUGGCCAUGAUGUCUAGCGACGCCACCGCCGAUUCGAUCCCGGCCGCCCGCCAUGGGCGCCCCUCCGGGGAAGCACGCCUCCAGGAAGCACUCCGGCGCCUCAAGCUCCCGCGCCCCUCGAGCUUCCACCGCGACUGUCCGCCUCGAGCUCCCACGCCGGCCGGCCGCCUCCGCCGGAGCUUCGAGCUUAGGGGCAUUUCCGUACCUAUAUCCUGCGGUCUGAGGCGGAGCCGUAAGGAGCCACGAUUUGUGUCUCCGCCUCACCAAAACUGCUCCAGUCACCGCGAUUUCCGGGAGUGGAGCCGCUUGGAGCCCCUCCCAAACGUGCGUUUGGCACGGCUCCUCGAGGAGCCGGUCUUGGAGCCCCUCAAGAAGCCCUUGCCAAAGGGGCUCUAAAUAUCCUCACUGGGCGGCGGCUAGGGUUUUAGUGCUCUCUCCCGGCGGCGCCUCCACAUUUCGUCUCUCGGAUCGGGAGGCGAAACCAAGGAUAUCCCACCAUGGCCAACAUCAGAGUAGUCUCCAGCCUGAAUGAUGUUGCCACUGAGCUGCAAAAUCUGCAAAUCACUGAUAUUGCUCAGGCUAAUGAUGUUCAAUUUCAAUUAGAUGAGGAAACACCCCUUCAAGAUGCAGCAGAGAUGAAGAUGAAGAUCAGACCAGGAAAGCAUGAAUUUAUAUUAGUUAAUCCAGAGCUGUUGGAGUGCAAGUAUCGUGCCAAGGUGGAACUGGAGACGUCAUUCAACAGCAUGCUAGACGCAUCCAUGGAGCAGAUUGAUCAAGAGCUGCAGCCAAUUGAAGAAGGCAUCACAGCACUGAGGGUCCUUGUGCGCUACAAUGACCAUCAGAUCCCACAAAAUGGACCUCCACUUGACCAAAGAAAUCGUGGUGUGCAAUAUGUCAUCUAUCCAUGCCCUCCCUUCCCGUUUGAGCCUCGUUUUGAGCAUGGCACACACCACCAAAGGGUCCCGUAUCAAAAUGCUUAUACUACACAACAAGAGAGGGAUGCAGCAGCUGCUCGUGACAGGUGUGCCCAGAGGGCCGUCUGGGAGGCCAAACUCCGUAUUUUGGAGGCGAGGCAAUCCAUCUUGAAAGAAUUGAAGACUGCGAUGCUGUCAAAGAUGAGGUCAGAGUUCAAGAUGAUGAUGGAGCAACGAUCUAACUUAGGGACUGGUUAUGCGGAGUAUGCGUUCCCUUCACUGGCAUAGAGCCUGUGGUCAAGAAUAAGACUCCGGAGGUGGCGAAGCUGGCAACAGUUGAGACUCACUGAAGAGGUUCUGAUCGUCUUUGGGAAAACAAAUGUAAAUGAUCUUUGGAGGUGUUCUACGGUGACGAAAACUUGAGACUUUGUUGGUCUCCUCAGAGUAACUUGCUAGCUGUUCGAAGUAGUGGUGUGGGCAUCGUUGGUCUAGUAACUUGUCAUGAGAACUAUUUGUUUCUGGUCAAGUUCUUAGAAUGUGAACCUUAAUCUGCCUGGAAUGGAAUGGUUACUGAGCCCAUUUGCGA